GGUUACUUGGUUGGCUGCUGCUGUUGGUGUUAUUGAUCGUGCGCUACGAAGCUUAGAAGAAUGCUAUUGCCUGUUAGCGAUCUUUAGCUUGGCUAGUCUUCGUUGAAACGUUGACCGUUGUGGUUUGUCAGUUUGCUUACCAAUUCGAACCGAAAUAAUUCUUAGUAGCGUUCUUAGCAACGCGAUCACGUGUUUUAAAUAUCGUCUACAAAAGUGAAUUAUUGGUUGCUCUUUACGAGCUUACGUUCAAGGUGAAGGACCAAUCAUUAUAAACAAAUGUGCCGAAGUGAGAAUUGCGUGAAAAUAAUCGCGUCUGAGUGUUGCUUGAUUUGAUUUCCGAAAGGAAGAGUGUUGGCGCAUGCCUUGAAUAUUAGCUAAGGUAUACAAAAUUGGAAGCUGGAAGGAUUUGACUAAAGUGAAGACGCCAAAUUUUUUACACAAAUAAAUUGGAUCAUCGGAACUUACUCUGUCAAAUUUAAAAAGGGUGUACUUGUGGCCCAGUAAGAAUUGCUAUCUUCCCAAAAAUCCUGCAGAAAUAUGAACUGGCUGCAAAUCGUAACGAUAGCAGCCUUUUUGGCUGUGAGUAGCGUGAAGUCGCUAUCUCUGGAUCCAGUGGCUUCCACUGAACUGGAGCAAUAUAUAAAAAAGGGCGAUUGUGUGAUAUCAAUGCGGCACAUACGUCCUCGCCGCAAAUUACACAUAUCUAUCGAAGCGCUCUUCAUGAUCGACUUCCCCACAUUGAAACAUAAAUUAUCAUUCUUCCUCGAUCGCAUGCAUCAGCGUGUCACCUUGGAUGUAACAGCAAAUGGUGCCACCGAAUCGAAACACUUCGAAUUGCCUAACACAAAUGAGACGAGCACAAUACGUUCAUUAGCUUUACAUUUUCAUAAGAAUCGCAUAGCAAUGCUGGUGGAUUGCAAGGAGAGUUCGACGCAUGAGUUGGAGAUUAGCUUGGCAGAGCUCUAUGCGCAGAUGGAGACAGAUCCGGUUAUAAAACUGUUUAGGGAACGCAAAUAUCCUUUAUAUUUUGAUGGACAGCUAGAGCCGGCAUUGCAACGCACCAAUUGUCAAAAGGGCGUGCAUAAGCGCAAUAAAGUUCAUAUGAUGCGUACGCAAGUAGCGGAGCGUGAGAAGAAUAAGAAACGCGAUGUACGCAAUUGGUUCAACAAUGAUUCCAGCGAUAAACGUCACGAAGAGGAACGCAUUCCCGUUGAGAUUGAGCAGCGUGGCGACAUUCCUGUGCUGCAUGGCGAUUGUGAAGACGCCCUCGCAAAAUCUCUUAGCGACCUAAUGGAAUUGGUGAAACUUUUACGUGAAGAUAUUGCCAACCAACGCCAGGAGAUUGCCUACCUACGCCGUUUACUGGAGAAUUGUGCCGGUUGUAAGGAGCCGAGCAGCAGCAGUUUACGCUUGGAACCGACAUGUCGCAACGCCAAUCCCUGCUAUCCAGGUGUUGAGUGCCGUGAAACGGCCACUGGCGUAAGGUGUGGCCGCUGUCCGAUGGGUUUCGCAGGCGAUGGCAAGAUUUGUAAGCCGGGAGUCACUUGCGCUGAUCGACCUUGUUUCAUUGGCGUACAGUGUCGUGACACGCUAAAUGGUGCACAGUGCGACUCCUGCCCGCUUGGAUAUGAUGGUGAUGGUCGUUCGUGUACAUUACGCUCAACCAAUCUUUUAGUGCCCUCUCACAAUGUCCAGCACUAUCAACGUCAAUAUACUGCACGCAAAUACUCAGUAAUUAGCUCCUGAAAAUAAUGUAAGCGAAAUAUCGAAGUCAGCACUUAGCAACACAGCCGUACAUACAUAUGUAUGUGUGUAGGUUUGUAAGUGCGCCUUGCCUUUAGUCAAUUAUGUUAAAUAAUUGCAAUAUAACUCGCCUUAACCUAAAGAUUUAUAUUUUUGUUCAAGUAUUAUUAAAUCCAAAAAAUGUGUAAAAAUUUUAAUGCAAUAUUUUCCCUUUGUGCAAUUCUAUAUUUAAAACUUUUAACCAGUUAAUGAAAUUGCCAAACUGUAA